UUCCAGUGCACUACAAUAUUUAUUUUCUCUAUUUUACUUGUUACGUAGUUAAAACUCAAAUCCUCUUGCAUAAACCAAUGUAUAUAAAUUAAACUGUAUUUGUCAUCUAGUCUCCAGAAUGUGGUUUAUUGCCGAUUAUUCCAAUUCAAAACAUCUGCACUUUUUAAUAAAACAUUAAGACAGAUAUUAAGCUGUAUUCUCAACUAUUUGGCAUUUGUCCCACAAAAACUUGAAUUCUCCCAAAUUUUGAUAACAUUUUCUUAGGCUACCGAAUUUUAAAGGGAUUUUCAAAAUCGUUCUCAAGUGAAAUAUGGCUAAUGUGGACAUUGACGAUGUGUUCAAUACACUUGGCUUUGGCCGCAUGCAAAUGAUUAUAUUUUUUGGCUGUGCAAUGCAACAGUUUUAUGUGACCAACGAGCAGUUCGGCAUCUCGCUGAUAACUGUGGCAGCCAGGUGUGAACUUGGCAUCGGUAACCAUCACUUGUCCUGGCUGAUGACCGCGGGGCUGAUGGCGCAAGUCUGCACCAGCCACUAUAUGGGCUACAAGUCGGAUGAGAUCGGUCGCCGCAAGCUGCUGCUCAUCACCUCCACGCUGACCAUAUUCACCUCGUUUAUAUCGUCGCUGAUGCCAGAGUUCUGGUCGUAUCUUGUGAUGCGUUUCAUCAACGGCUGCGUUCUAACAGGUCCUGGCAUGGCGGUGAUCACGUACAUGGGCGAGUUCACCAAGAUCAAGCUGCGGCCCAUGGUGCUCAAUUUUCUGUGCUAUUCCAUUGGCAUCAGCAUGCUGUAUGUGCCAGCUUCUGCGUUGGUGAUAUUGCCGCAAAAUAUACACCUUAAGAUAUCCGGCGACUAUGCGAUUAGCGGCUGGCGUGUGCUCAGUAUGACCAAUCUGCUGCCUGGCAUCCUUUCUGUGCUUAUUCUCUUGCCCAUGCCUGAAAGUCCCAAGUACUAUCUGUCCGUCCAGAAAACGCAAGAGGCGCUCGACGUCCUGGAGAUGUGCUGUCGGUACAACAAGGGCAAGAAUGUAACGCUUAAAAGUCUGGGCAUCGAGUCUGUGACGCAGUCAAAUCUACGCCGUGAUUCCCUGCUACCUGAUAAAAACUUUUUCCGACGUGUCUGGAACGAUACGAAGCCCCUGCUGCAAGGCAACAAUGCCCGCUACAUGCUGCUCGUUAUUGGAAUUAUGUUUUUUAUGUUUGCCACCGGUGCUGUGCUGACGGUUUGGAUGCCGCGCGUCAUCAAAAUGACGGAGGAAAGCGAAGAAAGUAUGAUACUCUGUGAUGUGUUAAAAGCAUCUGGCGCUCGGAAUACCAGUACGGUCAUUUCCAAGUGCCAUUUGGCUACAUCUAAUCUGCUCGCUUGCAUUUAUCAUGGUGGCGCCUGUUUGGCGGGAUUCAUGCUAAUCAGUGUCUUGUUAAUUUGUCUUAACCGUAAGCCAAUUCUGGUGGGCUUCUCGGUCCUUUCCACUUUGUCAGGUUUCAUGCUCAACCUUGUCAUCCGCGAUGAGCUGGUCAUUGCGGCAUUUGUCCUGCUCGUUGUGCCAACUUUGUGUAGUAUGCGACUGACGUUGACUGUGAUCAUCGAUGUGGUAGCCACGCAUUUGAGAAGCAAAGCUGUGGCCCUGGCGAUGAUGUUUGGUCGCUUUGGCGUUCUGGUGGGCAGUAUAUUUGUGGGCUAUACUCUGAAUUGCUGCUGCUUGGUAACAUUCAAUGUGUACGUGGCGGGCAUGGCAAUUACCAUUUUGCUCAUCUUUUUCCUACCGGAGAACUAAGAACUAAGUCGCACAGGCUUUGCUUAUUUGGAUUGUACUUGUUUGGUUAUUUCUAUAAAUUUACAAAAUAUUCAACUUUUCUUUUUCUCAAUAUGACCACGGUGGAUGUGGAUGAUGUCUGGCAGUCCGGCAAUUGCCAAAACGGAGAGGAUGAGCGUGCUUAUGAUACGUUUAAUCAUCUAUGUUUGAGAAUUUGUGGUCGGAAUUUAGCCAGCCUGGGUGUGACGCUUAUUACUCCUGGACCUCCGCGCCUCAGUUUGAUGCAACCUGCUAAAUUUUUCAGAUGCUUUUGGAAUGAUAUGGUUACAUUGCUAAGAAGACUAUAUUUUAAGAAUUUUCUGCUCGUCAGCGUCGUGAUUUCAGGAUUCUUCUUUGUGUGAGCUGCUGUGGCAUUACUUUUGGGCAUUAUAUAUCGCCAUAUAUAUGCUCUGUAAACUAGGCCGAUCGGAUUUUCUGCGAUAUGAUCUAUAGCAGCGCAUUAUGGGAUAGUACGCAUAAAAGUUGGGUUUUCUCAGACCUGCCACUCGAUUACUGGGGUGGCGCCUUUUUGUUAGCCUCCUUUUCUAUUAGCCUAAUUCUGUUUUAACACAUCGAAUUUUAGUUCCAUUUUGCAAUGCAUCAGUGGCGACACUGCAUCUUAGCAAUGUGUUUCAGUAGUUUUGCAUUGACUACUUCCGUUAUAAUUGAGGUGGUGUCCACGCGUAUGAGAGGCAAAGCCAUCACCUUAUGUUGGGUCGCACGACUGUUAUCAUAGCCUCUCACCAAAUUGGGAAUUUCAUGUGGACUGACUGCUUGAUAUUAUUCAAUUUUUUUUGUACUUUUUGUUGGCGCGGUCGCCGUUGUCAUAUUGUUUUUACCAACUAAGGGUUAUGCACAUGAGUGAUUUAUAUAUUUUUAAUACCACGGCGGGGCCUGUGACGUGAUAUGCAUAUUUAUAUAAUAGUUGUCGAGAGCGUCAAGCUUCAUUAUCAGCUGAUUCAAACAGUCAAUCAAUCAUUCAAUCAAUUGAGCGCACAAUACAGAAUGUGGCCAAAGGGUUUAUGGCAAGAGUUCAAAGAUUUUUUUUGCCAAUGCCCUUUUAAGUAAAAAUAAAAUAUAUGUCAAACUUUUCUCAGA